AUGGGACGCAAAGACGGCGCCUCAACGUCGGCGGCGUCGCUGCGCAAAGGCCCCUGGAUGGCGGAGGAGGACGAAGUCCUCAUCGAGUACGUGAAAAAGUACGGCCCCCGUGACUGGAGCUCCAUUCGAUCCAAGGGCCUCCUCCCAAGGUCAGGCAAGUCCUGCCGCCUCCGCUGGGUCAACAAACUGAAGCCCGACCUAAAGACGUAAUCCUCCCUGCUCCUCCAUCUCCUCAUCAUCAUCGCCAAGGAUUGUAGGAAAAGAUUACAGAGAAUUGUGCCUGAUGGAGAAGCUUUUCGUGUUCUAUGAAGAGGGUGCAAGUUCUCGGCGGAGGAGGAGAGGAUAGUGAUCGAGUUGCAGGCUCAAUUCGGCAAUAAAUGGGCCAGAAUCGCCACCUACUUGCCGGGGAGGACGGACAACGACGUGAAGAACUUCUGGAGCACUAGGCAGAAGAGACUCGCAAGGCUCCUCCAGGCGCAGUCCGGCCCCAACUCGGAGGACCUGCAUCGGAAAUGCCCUUCUCUUCACCAUGAACAACGCAUAGUUUUCGAGGUCCAGCGCAUUCCUCUCUAUCUCUCUCUCUCUCUCUCUCUCUCUCUCUCUCUCUCUCUCUCUCUCUCUCUCUCUCUCUCUCUCUCUCUCUCUCUCUCUCUCUCUCUCUCUAUCUACGUCUAUCUCUCUAUCUAUCAAUCUAUCUCCAAAUAUGUAUAGACAUAUAUACGUAGAUGAGUAUUUAAUUUCUGUUUGUCCAGCAGGGAAAUGCGAACCCGCUCAUGACAUGCGAAGAACAGUACUCGUCCCAUUUUGAAAGCCGCCAAUCUCCUGCGAGAGGGCCCCUCGAGCCCCUCAGUUAUGGGUCGGCACUUCCGCCGCCGGAUUCGUGGGGUGGUGGUAGUGAGAGAAAUCCGUGGGGGCCAAUCGAUCCUCCCCCUCACUUCUCGUACCUCCAACUCCCGCAGGCGCUGCUGGACCUUCCGCUUCUCCCUGAGACCCACCACCUUGCCACGGACUUCGACGGGGUUGACUUCGACCCGGAGUCCCUGGCCCACGACGUGCCGGAGUUUGACUUGUUCUCCGACGGGCUGGCGGCGCCACCCGGCGGCGGCGGCGGCGGCGGCGGCCAGGAGUUCGACGAUGGGAUGCCCGCUGCAGCCGAUGGCCUCUUCGGCGACUUCCCCGUGGAGAUGCUCGACGGCUUGGAUCCUCCGGCGAGUUCAUCUCAGUCUUAG